GAUGUUAGGGGAGAAGAGGAGAGGACGUCAUGUUUAGGAAACGAAACCUAAGGUUCAUAGAACCAAAGCGACCCGACGUGGUAGUAGUUCUCUCGUUCAGUAGAAAAAUAACACGCAUUUUGGAGCAAAUAGUCUGACAGACAGAAACCACAACUAGGAUGGCCUCUGCUAACACUUCCUGGUCUGAAGAGAACCUUUCAUGUACCAUCUGUCUGGAAGUGUUCAACAGUCCAGUUACCACACCAUGUGGACACAACUUCUGCAAUACCUGUAUUCAUAAUUUCUGGGACGAAAAACUUGAGUAUAAAUGUCCCCUCUGCAACGAGCUUUUCCACACUCGACCUGAUCUACGGGUCAAUAUCCUCUUAUCAGAGGUGGUUGAUCGGUUUGGAAUUUCCGUACGAGUAAAAGAGGAGCCUUGUGUUGAACCAGGAGAAGUUCCCUGUGACGUCUGUACUGGGACCCAGCUGAAGGCUGUGAAGUCCUGCCUAGUGUGUCUUAUCUCUUACUGCCAAACCCACCUGGAGCCACAUCAGAGAGUCACAGUCCUGAAGAAACAUCCGCUGGUCGAGCCUAUUGACCGUCUGGAAGACAGGAUGUGCGAAAAACACGACAGAAUCCUGGAGCUCUUCUGCAAGACUGAACAGGUGUGUGUGUGUCUGUUGUGCACAGUGACGGAUCACAAGUCCCAUCCUGUUGUCCCUCUGAAGGAGGAAUAUGAAGAGAAGACGGCCCAGCUGGGGAAGAUAGAGGCUGAAGUCCCACUGAGGAUCCAGGAGAGAAAACUAAAGAUUAAGGAGAUCAAAGACACAGUAGAAUUGAGCAAGAAAGGUGCACACAAAGAGAUAGCUGAUGCUAGGCAGGCUCUCACUGCUUUGAUGGGCUGUGUUGAAAAGUGCCUGAAUGAUUUCAACCAAAUGGUUAAAGAGAGGCUGAAAUCCACAGAGAAACAAGCUGAAGACCUCAUCAAAGGGCUGGAGCAGGAAGUAGUAGAUCUGACCAAGAGAAUGUCAACGGUGAAGCAGCUCUUACACACUGAAGACCACCUCCACUUCCUCAAGGCCUUCAGAUCCUUGAAGGAUCCUCCACCCACCAGGAACUGGACGACGGUGAAGGCCCGUCCUCCAUCUUACGAAGGAGCCUUAGGGAAGUCCCUGGAUCAGCUGGAGGAGACACUGGACAUGGAGAUGAAGAAGCUGCAUUCUGGUGAUGAACUGAAGAAGGUCCAGCAGUAUAAAGUUGAUGUGGCUAUUGAACCUCUUCCAUUAUCUGCUCCCCGUUUCGUCAUGCCUGUGGUAGGCAAAAAGGUAAAAGGUGGAGGCCAAUGGAAUCAUUCUUACUAUAAUUAUAAACAAUCUUCAGAAAUUAGAGAGGAUAGAAAUGAUUUAUCUGUUCUGGCAAGGCAGGGCUUCACCUCAGGGAGAUCCUACUUUGAGGUUGAGGUUAAAGGCAAUACUAAAUGGAAUUUAGGAGUGACCACGAUCUCCGGGUCAAUAUCAGAUCAGAUCACAUUCAAACCUAGCCAUGGUUACUGGAUUCUUACCUGCAACAAGGAUGGGUUGGUAUUUAGUGAUGACCCUGCUGUCCGUCUCCCUCUGAAAGCUGAGCUCCAGAAGGUGGGGGUGUUUGUUGAUUAUGAUAAGGGUUGGGUCUCCUUCUAUGAUGUGGGAGCCAGGGUUCAUAUCUACUCCGCUACUGGCUGCACCUUUAGUAAGCCUCUCUUUCCAAUCCUCUGUAGGGAAUAUUAGCGAAGGCUUAUCAUCUGCAUGUUUGAUCAUCUCACCUGUCAAUCAAAUAGACUAGGAACUUUGUUUGAUUAUAAAACGAACAAACCACCAAAACAACUAAUGUUGUUUCAUGACUUAGAAUCUCUACCAAGUGAGAUCCAAGAGAACAUAACCCUGACAUUAAAAAAAUAACCUCUUUGUAAAGGAUAACAUUACAUUAUAUUCAAAGGUCGUAAAGGUUUAUUGUUGUACAAUUGUUUAUGGGUGCAGUUAUGUAGAACUAGUUUUGGGGAUUAAUGUGUGAAUCAUAAUAAUCUUAUCAUUACUAUUUGUUUAUAUUUAGGACUCUUGAAUGACGGCACAAUAUAACGUAAAAAACACAUUUCUGAUUUCAAUAAAAAUGGAAAAACAA